AUGGAAUUAGUGGAAACCUGUGCGAAAAUAAAACAACCUUUAUAUCGCAAACCAUUAGCGUGCCCAUGUAACGUUAAAUGUACAAGCAGAUACGUGCAACCGGCACGAGCAAAAUCAUUCGCACCUGUGCCAACCUAUAAGCCUCCUUCGAAGUUGCUCGAAACACAUACUACGUAUCACUUGUCGUACUUGAACUUGGAUAAUGAGGAAUUUCGUCGUAGCAAGUGUCGUCCAAUUCGUCCAACUCCGGCUCUCAGUAAAUUCGAGGGAAAAAUUUCUGGCGAUACAACAAACAACUUGAGCUACAAGCACAUAGGACAUGUUCCUAAAGUGAAACCGAUUUUACCCAGACACAGGUCGAUGAUUGGAUCAGGUCCUAUGGACAAUGUCACCACCGUUAGGCACGAUUACGCGCAGAAACAUGUGGAAAAGUCAAAAGCCAUAGUGCCAUGUGGAAACAUUCGUUUGAGCACAGGAAAAUUGGAGGCAAAUACCACCGCAAAAUUAUCUUACGUGGAUCCAGGACCCACAGAACCCACGGUUAACUUUAAACCGAUGAGGAUCUACUGCCCACCCAGCGAACCAAUACCUCACGACACUACACAGAAGUUGAGUUAUCAACCUGUCUGUAUCGAAGAGAAAGAAACACAUCCAUGGCAACAGAAACCAAUUUACAACCCUCCAGAAGUAGCCAUGUGCGGGAGGACAACGUAUUCGGAAAGCUACUUGAAAAACGAAGAGUCAUGUACGGAAAAACCUAUACGACCUACUGACACGAUUUCUUUACUUCCACACGAGGGACAAUUUGAGAGGAAAACCAUUUAUAAGGAGAGCUAUUUAGAACUGGAUGGUAUCGAACGCGUAGCGCCAAUUAUUCCUUGUCCCAGUAUUUCAAAAGCCGAUGGGAAAAUAUCCGGAGAUACAACAACCAAAUUAAGUUAUCAAGCGGUUCAAAGCGAGAAACGAGCUCCGAUAUUACCACGGCAGAAGAAAAUGACGGGAGAUGGUCCGAUGCAGAGCGAGACUACUACUCGUUGCGACUUUCACGCUAAAGCAGCGCAACGACCUGAUCCUGUUAUUCCGUGUAAUAAUCUUCGAAGCGCUGAUACACCGAUAGAGGAUAAAACAACAGCAAAAUUAUCUUACAUGAAACCCGAAGCAAUUGAAAUGACUAAGAGCUUCAAACCCGUUGUUCGUUACGUCAGAUUACAAGACAAAAUUGAUUCCGAAACUGUGAGUAAAUUGUCCUAUCAACCGUGGACACCGCUUCGCAAGGAAGAGAUGCCAUGGGCAACUAAAGGCAGAUACCAACCACCCACAGCUCCCAUGUGUUCGGAUACCAUUUAUCACGUUAGCUAUCCUGCACCUGGAUAUUACGAAGAUGUUUGCAUACCGGAAGAAUGCGACUGUUUAGAGACUAAAGACGUGUGUCCUUUGGCGGAACAAGUAAACGCUUCUCCGAAGGCCGAAAUUGACUGCAGGACUUAAAGUGUUUUCACGAGUCGAAAUUCGUCAUAGAAUUUCUUCGUCUCCAAGUAGACGAAGUAGAUCAAGUAGAUUCUUAAAUAGUACGGUGAAUUAAAACGCACUGAUGAUGCAAAGUAAAUUCGAAAAUUGAAUGAAACCUAUUUUAUUCAGUAAAUCGAUGUACGAACAAAAUUUUAUUUUACACUUAUAUAUUAAUUACUGUGUACAAGUCGAAUAAGAGUAAUAAUAACGUAUAUCUUUUACAAACGGUAAAAUUGUUUUCAAUAAUAAAAUAAACUCUAAUCUUUGAUAAAAGAUCAAUAGACAAUAUUAACGUACACUUUCCAAAAAUUUAGCUCAUUGCAUACGUACAUACACACACACAUGCAUACGUACGUAUAGAUAUAAUAUAUAUAUACACAUGUACGCUACAUAUAUAAACAUAUAUACAUUAUAUAUAUAGUUGCAUAUAUAUAAUAUAUAUAUGUAUCUAUAUUAUUAUGGUAUAUUAUAUUAGAAGAAUAACGAAGAUAACGACGAGCUUAAUCCUAUACAGGAUAAGGUUUAGCAUACAUCGAUACUUUACGCGUAACAAUUGAUAAAUUUCGAUGAUGGACGAACUACAGGGGAGGGAACGAAUAUUCAUCUAUUUAAUUCGACGAUAGAAAUUUUCUGAUGCUUAGAGUUAAGAAAUAUAGCGAAAAUAUACAUAGUUUAACGUAUCUAACAUUUCGAACCGAAGAUAAUAUUUAAUUUUGACAUUCUAAAAACUCUCUGAUUGAAUAUAAUCUUUGAAAACCGUCGCAGAGACAAAUAAAAAUUCUACCAAAAAUACACGUGUAAAUUUUCGUAAGAAUGUUCAAAAAAUAUAAUCACCGUAUUGAUUCGAAGAUCUUAAGGCACAUAGUUAGGUCACACAAAUCACGCAACGUGUAUAUUUCCACUCGUAGCAUUGCACAAACCCUGUAACUCUUUUAUUCGCUUCUUUUCCCAUCGUUCGAAUUAAAAGCUUUGUCCAUUGCAAUUUUCCUAUUUACAUGACUGCACGGAAAUGAUUGUCUGUAUGUUCAUCAUACCGAUUUUAUUGUCGAUCGACGUUUAGACCAUGCGUUACUUCUCUCGCAUUGCAUUUUCUUCCGAAUAACCGACAACAGAGCAUCCGUUCUGGUGGAUCCUCGAACGCGUUUCGAUUAAAAACAUACACACGAACAGAAGCUGUUAAACGUGAACAUUUCUAAAAUGUAAAAUGAAAGAAAGCACGCGAUACUAAAAAUUAAUUAGCUUCUUUAUUUUAGUUAACUUGUUUAUAUGUGCUUUUUCAUAUUUGUACUCACACGCAUCUCAACACAUUCAAUAUUUAUAUUUCGUAUCAAACAUUAAUUUUUUGUUCUUUUUCCUUUUAACGAAAUGCAACGAUUUAAACGUAUAAACUCGGCA